UAAACAGCAGCUACAUUAGCCGGUGUUAGCCGGUCUGUGGCUAAGCUAGCUCCUCCGUCCUCCUCCUGAACUUUGGACCUCCUUCUCCGGGUGUAGAUGGCCGCUGUAGCCCUCAGACUCUCCGCUCCCUGGCGCUCUGUCCGGUUAAGAAGCUUGGCCAGAUUCUCCACCAGUCCCAGUCUGAGCUUCACCACCAUGGGCUCUCCUCUGAUGGGUGCGACGGUGGAGCAGUUCGAACAGGCCAAGGGUAAACUGUCGACGCUGAAGAACGACCCGGGGAACGAGGUCAAACUGCAGAUCUACGCCCUCUUCAAACAGGCCACGCAGGGACCCUGUAACACCCCCAAACCAGGCAUGCUGGACUUCGUCAACAAGGUCAAAUGGGACGCCUGGAAGUCUCUGGGCUCCAUAUCACAGGUACAACCUGGACCUCCUGGACUGGACGACACUGUAGGGGUGGGCGAUAUGUCCAAUUUUUAUAUUGAUAUUCCUAAACAAGUUGUAGAGUAA